UCCACAAGAGAAAUAUCAGACAACAGAGAAAUCUCAACAAGCCAAGAUUCAACCUAUGCAUUGCCAGUAUGGCUGGGGUAGGUGGGCUCUGCUCCUGACACCCUUAAGGCAAGAUAUUUAGAGAAAAAGAGAAGAGCUUGCUGGUGUUGUCCCUGUGUCUGCAAUGCUUACCUGGCCGAAGGGGCUGCUGCAGCUGCUUCUGCUCCACACCGCCUGGAAAAUGGGGAGCGGCCAGCUCCAUUAUUCUGUGCUGGAGAAAUCCCAGCACGGCACCUUUGUGGGCCGCAUCUCCCAGGAUUUGGGGUUGGAGGUGAGUGAGCUGGUGCCUCGGAUGUUCCGGAUGCUGUCCAAAGGAGAGAAGGACUAUUUUGAGGUAAACCUGCAGAAUGGGAUCUUGUUUGUAAAUUCCCGGAUAGACAGGGAGGAGCUGUGUGCCAAGAAUGCAGACUGUGUCCUUCAUCUGGAGGUGAUUGUGGAGAAACCUCUGCAGUUCUUCCAUGUGGAGGUUGAAAUCAAAGACAUGAAUGAUAAUGCUCCCAUCUUCUCUGCCAAGGAACAGAUCCUGAGCAUAGCAGAAUUCAUAACAGCAUCUGGAACCCGAUUCCCUUUAAAGGGAGCCUGUGAUGCAGAUAUUGGUAUUAAUGCUCUACUAACUUACAAGCUCAGCCCAAACAACCAUUUUGUUCUGGAUUCAGGAAAUGAUGAAGAUGAGAGUAAAUCUGUAGUUCUUGUAUUGAAGGUUCCUCUUGACAGAGAGGAGAGCCCUGUGCAUCAUUUAGUACUGACAGCCACUGAUGGGGGUGAACCAAAACUCACAGGAACUGUUCAGCUAGUCAUCAAUGUGCUGGAUGUCAAUGACAACCCUCCUGUGUUUAACCAAUCUGUUUACAGGGUAAAGUUGCUAGAAAAUACAGCUAGUGGGUCAUUAGUUAUUACUCUGAAUGCUACAGACUUAGAUGAAGGGAUUAAUAAGGAAAUUUCUUAUUUUUUUACUGAUAGCCUAGCUCUUCAUGUCACAAAGAUAUUUGGCAUAAAUUCAGAUACUGGGGAAAUUAGAGUGAUUGGAAAAUUGGAUUAUGAAGAAAGCAAGUUCUAUGAACUUCCAAUUGUAGCGGAAGAUAAAGGCAAUUCUCAAUUAUCAGGGCACUGUAAAGUUCUCAUUGAAAUGUUGGACAUGAAUGAUAAUACUCCAGAAUUAUCUGUGAAUUCUCUCUCUGUGCCAUUGCCAGAGGACUCACCUCCAGGGACUGUGGUAGCCAUUCUCAGUGCUUCUGACAGGGAUUCUGGCAACAAUGGACAGGUAACCUGUUUCCUCUGGCCCACUGGAAUACCCUUCAAACUCAAGUCCACAUUCAAGAAUUACUACUCCCUAAUUGUUGGAACACCUUUGGAUAGGGAGCAGGUUGCUGAAUACAGGAUGAUUGUGACAGUGGAAGAUCAAGGGGUUCCACCACUGUCUUCUAGCAUGACCCUCUUAGUGCCUAUUAGUGACAUAAAUGACAAUGCUCCAACUUUCACACAGCCCUCCUAUACAGUCUUUGUGAAGGAGAACAACCCCCCUGGUGCUCACAUCUUCACAAUAUCUGCUGCAGACCCAGACAUAGCUGAGAAUGGUCUGAUCACCUAUUGGAUAGAUGAGAAGCUCUGGCCGUUGUCAAGCUACAUCUCUGUACAUUCAGAGAGUGGAAAACUUUAUGCUUUGCAGUCCUUGGACUAUGAGGAGUUGAAACUGCUGGAGUUCCAGGUGAGAGCCAAGGAUGCUGGAAUCCCCUCCUUAUGUGGCAAUGCGACAGUCCAAGUCUUUGUGAUGGAUGAGAAUGACAAUGCACCUGUUGUGACAGGAUCAUCAGAAGAGAACUUGAUUAUUUUAGUGGUCCCGGUGAUGCCUGGGCAUAUUGUAGGCAAGAUCCAUGCCUUGGAUGCGGAUUCUGGAUACAAUGCAUGGCUAAGAUAUGAACUGGUUGAAGAAAGCAAUAGUCCAUGGACUGUGGGGCAGUAUAGUGGUGAGGUGAGUACUAAAUAUUCUCUGAAUGAUUCAGAAGGCAGCAAAAUCCAGACUGUGUUGGUUCUUGUGAAGGACUAUGGAAAACCUCAACUGUCAGCCACAGCCACCUUGAGUGUUUCACUUGUGAUAAGUGGUCAGACAAUCAAAACGGAUAUUAACCUUCAAAGGUCAGGGGAGAGCUUUGUUCCCCUGGUGGACUCGAUCAACGUCUAUCUGAUCAUUGCCAUCUGCUCUGUUUCCAGCCUCUUCUUGCUGGCCACUCUCAUCUACGUGGCCCUGCGUUGCCACUGUAAGAUAAAGGAACCCAUGGUUUAUGGCCCUGGUAUGGCCACCCUGGUCUGUGCCAGUGAAGUGGGCAGCUGGUCCUAUUCCAAUCGUCACAGCCACAUCCUGGCAGGUGUGAACACAGAGGCUGGUGCCAAGAGUGAUCUCAUGAUUUUCAGUCCCAAUAUUCCUGUCUUUGCAGAUAAUGGGGCACUUAUCAAUGGGGUGGAUGCGCCUCCAGAUUUUGCUAAAAAGGUGAGUUCAGCUCUUGGAGUCCCUGUCAUCCACUCAGCCUCUCAUUUCCGUGCUUAUAAUUUUGGAUUAAUCUUGGGACAAUAUUGUUUUUGA